AUGCCGAAUAUAGAACCACGACCUAUUACCCGCCCUCUAGCUGCCCUUGUCAAAAGAGCCAACAAACUCCGCUUCUACAACUCCCUCCUCUCCUGGCUAGACCGUAACCUCUCCUUACCAUUCCCACCCCGUCCAUCCCUCGAACUCACCAUCCCAACGACAAUCAACAAAACCCCGGGCUCAAUAACGCUCUACUUUUUUACCAGCCCGACCCGCAAUAUAGCAACCGAACCCCCAAACCCGGCAACCCCCAAACGCCCCGUCCUCCUAAACUUCCACGGCGGUGGCUUCUCUAUCGGCCACCCCCUCGAUGACUCCCGCUGGGCCGGCACCGUCCUCUCCGCCUUCCCCGACUCCGUCGUCGUAAGCAUCGCCUACCGCCUCGCCCCAGAACAUCCCUUCCCCGUCCCGAUCGAGGACGGCGUCGACGCAGUCCACUGGCUCUGGCGGCAUGCAGAACACUACAACCUCGACCGCGCGCGCUUCGUGCUCUCCGGCUUCAGCGCGGGCGGGAAUCUGGCGUUCACCGUCCCGCUGCGCCUGCACGAGGAACUCGAGAAACUGCAGCUGCGCGGCACGCCGCACGAGGUCACCUUAGCGGGGAUUGUAGCGUUCUAUCCCAGCGUGGACUGGUCGCGGACGCGAGAGGAGCGCGACGAGUCGAAUCCUGUUUCUGCGCAGAAGUCGAUGAUCGCGCCGGGGGUAUUGGACUUCUUUGAUGAGUCGUAUUUGCUGGUGCAGAAUUUGCCGAGGAAGCCCGGAUCGCGUGUUGUGGAUAUGAGCGAUAAGUUAUUGAGUCCGGGGCUGGCACCGAGCUGUUUGUUGUUGUCGGCGCUGCCGUCUUGCGUGGCUAUCUAUACGUGUGGGUGGGAUCAGCUGUUAGUGGAGGGGAAUGCGUUUCGGGAGAGGUUGAAGAGGUUUGCGGACGAGGGGAAGAUGGAGUAUGUCGGGGGGUUUGUGCUUGAGGAGACGGUUCAUGGGUUUGAUAAGAGGCCUUCGUUUUGUAUGGCUAACGAGAUGAGGGAUCGCAUGUAUGGGGAUGGAGUGCAGCAGCUGGGGAUUAUGUGGCAGUAUAACAAGCUCGAGGAAUAG